CUGGCAAACAAACAUCAGCGACUCCAGUACAAAUCGAUUUGAUUUAUCGUAUAUCUGAAAGAACAGAGAAAGCUUGAUUAGACCUUUUGUCCGCUCUUUCUGUGAACUCUCAACCUCAAAAACAAAUCAUUUCUUCAUUUCUCUAUUGUUUCAUCUUCCUCUAGAAUCCUUCUGAUUUUUCAUUAAUGGCUACUCAAGGGCAAGUCAUCACUUGUAAAGCGGCGGUGGCUUAUGAACCGAACAAACCGCUGGUCAUUGAGGAUGUCCAGGUGGCUCCGCCGCAAGCCGGUGAGGUUCGGAUCAAGAUUCAUUUCACUGCUCUGUGCCACACUGAUGCGUACACUUGGAGCGGAAAGGAUCCUGAGGGUCUAUUCCCAUGCAUUCUUGGUCAUGAGGCUGCUGGGAUUGUAGAAAGUGUUGGUGAAGGUGUAACUGAAGUUCAACCAGGUGACCAUGUCAUCCCUUGUUACCAGGCAGAGUGUAGAGAAUGCAAGUUCUGCAAAUCAGGGAAGACAAACCUAUGCGGCAAAGUUAGGACAGCCACUGGAGCUGGAGUCAUGAUGAAUGAUCGCAAGAGUCGCUUCUCAAUAAAUGGAAAACCAAUAUACCACUUCAUGGGCACCUCAACAUUCAGCCAGUUCACAGUUGUACAUGAUGUUAGUGUUGCUAAGAUUGAUCCACAAGCUCCUUUGGACAAAGUAUGCCUUCUUGGAUGUGGUGUUCCAACUGGACUUGGAGCAGUUUGGAAUACAGCCAAAGUUGAACCAGGGGCUAUUGUUGCUAUUUUUGGCCUUGGGACUGUUGGUCUUGCAGUUGCAGAGGGUGCAAAAUCAGCUGGUGCUUCACGAAUAAUUGGUGUAGAUAUUGACAGCAAAAAGUUUGAUGUAGCAAAAAAUUUUGGAGUCACAGAGUUUGUGAACCCAAAGGACUAUAAUAAAGCAAUUCAGCAGGUCCUUGUUGAUCUCACGGAUGGUGGUGUUGAUUACAGUUUUGAGUGUAUUGGAAAUGUCUCUGUCAUGAGGGCUGCUUUGGAAUGCUGUCACAAGGGCUGGGGAACAUCAGUUAUCAUAGGUGUCGCUGCGUCAGGUCAGGAGAUAUCUACUCGACCUUUCCAAUUGGUGACUGGUCGUGUUUGGAAAGGGACUGCUUUUGGUGGUUUCAAGAGCCGUUCACAAGUGCCUUGGCUUGUGGACAAGUACAUGAAGAAGGAAAUCAAAAUUGAUGAGUACAUUACCCACAAUUUGACUCUUGGAGAGAUUAACAGUGCAUUUGAUCUGAUGCAUGGAGGGGGUUGCCUCCGAUGUGUGCUUAAGAUGCAUGAAUGAGGCUAUAUGUGUGGGCUGAAGGGGUGACCUGUGAAGAACUCCAUUACCGGGCAAAUACUUUAUUGGC